AUGCCUUUUAUAACUCCUAGACGCAUUGCUCAGGCGGGGUUUUCCAUGUCAGCUUCGGUAGCGGAUCUGAUUGAUGGUAAUGGUCAAUGGAAGUGGCCGAUAGCGUGGUAUGAUCUUUAUCCGGUUUUAAUCGAUUUGGAGGUUCCCCAAUUAACCCAUGAUAUGCCUGAUCGUACAGUUUGGAAGGAUUUGGAGGGUAAGUGUUGUUGGUUUCGGUCACUAGAGGUUUGGAAUGUGCUAAGAUUCCGUGCAAGUCUUGUGCCGUGGGUUAAUGGAGUUUGGUUUGCUCAAUGCAUCCCAAGACACUCGUUCCACCUAUGGUUGGUAAUAAAAAAUAAGCUUAAAACUCAAGACAGGUUGGCUGAGUGGGAAGUAGGUAGCGCAACGAACAUGAAUCUCAUGUGUUGCCCCUUAUGCAGAAAUGAUCGUGAUUCUAGAGACCACUUGUUUUUUCAGUGUUCGUUCUCGGCUACGGUUUGGCAGCAGAUGAGACCGAUGGGGUUCUUGGAUCAGGUUGAUGAUACUUGGCAAUCCAUUAUGGAUUGGAUGUUGCUUCAUGCAUCGUCGAAGAAGGCGGAGCAUAUUGUUAGCAAGUUGGUAAUUGCGGCGACCACUUAUUUUAUAUGGCUUGAGAGGAACAAUUGUUUGUUUUCAAAUGAUCGGGCUAAAGUUGAAUCUGUGGUUGGGAGAAUCAAGAGGACAGUCAGGCUUCGUCUUAUGGGGUUUGACUUCAAAGGUGAUGCCAAAGUUGACAGGAUGUUAAGGAAUUGGGAGAUCGCUGAAAGUGAACAGGAGGAAGAUCCGGGUUAG